CCUGAAGUCAUCACUUAUUUUACAUCAGAAAAUUCACACUGGGAAGAAACUCUUUGAAUGUAACGAAUGCAGGAAAGCCUUUCAUUAUAAGUGUUGCCUUACUCUCCAUCAGAGAAUUCAUACCAGAGAAAAACCCUUUGAAUGUAAUGAAUGUGGAAAAGCCUUCAUGUGGAAGACCCAACUUAAUAAACACAAGAGGAUUCACAUUGUAGAGAAACCCUUUGAAUCUGAUAACUGUAUAAAAACUUUCAGUCUGAAAGGAAUCCUUACUGAACAUCAGAGAAUUCCUAUGGAAGAAAAACGAUUUGAAUGUAAUGAAUGUGACAAAGCUUUUAGAUGGCAGUGUAAGCUUACUGCACAUCAGAGAAUUCAUACUGGAGAGAAACCCUUUGAAUGUAGAGAAUGCAGGAAAACCUUCCAUGAGAAAUCAUGCCUUACUCUACAUCAGAGAAUUCAUACUGGCGAGCAACCUUUUGAAUGUGAUGAAUGUAGAAAAAACUUCAGCCAGAGGUCAUCACUCAUUUUACACCAGAGAAUUCACACUGGAGAAAAACCAUAUGAGUGUAAUGAAUGUGGUAAAUCCUUCAUGUGGAAGAGUCAAUUUAAUAAACACAAGAAUAUUGCAAAUGGAAAGAAAUCCUUUGAAUGUAGUGUAUGCAGGAAAAUUUUCCAUGACAAAUCUCACUUUACUGUACAUCAGAGAAUUCAUACUGGAGAAAAGCCUUUUGAGUGCAGAAUGUGGGAAGAACUUUAGCCAGAGAUCAUCGCUCAUUUCACAUCAGAGAAAUCAUAUUACAAAGAAACUCUUUGAAUGUAAUGAAUAUAGGAAAGCCUUCUGUGACAAGUCCCACCUUACUGUACACCAGAGAAUUCAUACUGGAGAAAAACCUUUUGAAUGUAAGGAAUGUGGGAAAACUUUUAGCCAGAGUUCCUCACUUAGUUCACACCAGAGAAUUCACUCAGGAGAGAAGCCCUUUGAGUGUAAUGAAUGUGGGAAGGCCUUUCGGGACAAAUCUCAUCUUACUGUACAUCAGAGAAUUCAUACUGGAGAGAAACCCUUUGAGUGUAAGGAAUGUGGGAAAAACUUCACCCUGAGAUCAUCACUUAGUUCACAUCAGAGAAUUCACACUGGGAAGAAGCCUUUUGAAUGUAAUGAAUGCGAAAAAGCCUUCCGAGACAAAUUUCACCUUAUUGAACAUCAGAGAAUUCAUACAGGAGAGAAACCCUUUGAGUGUAAGGAAUGUGGCAAAACCUUCCAAAACAAAUAUCAGCUUUCUGUACACCAGAGCACUCAUACUGGACAGAAACCUUUUGUCUGUAUUGAAUGUAAGAAAACUUUCAUAUCAAAGAGUCAACUUAAUAAACACAAGAGAAUUCACACUGGUGAGAAACCCUUUGAAUGUGAUAACUGUGGAAAGGCCUUCACUCGCAAGGACCACCUUACUGAACAUCAGAGGAUUCAUACUGGUGAAAAACCGUAUGAGUGUGCUGAAUGUGGGAAAAACUUCAGCCAAAGGAAAUCCCUUACAUUCCAUCAUAGAAUUCAUUCUGGAGAAAGGCCUUUUGAGUGUACUGAAUGUGGGAAAAACUUCAAUUAUAAGAAGUCCUUUCUUUUUCAUCAGAGAACUCAUAUGGGAGAAAAACCCUUAGAGUGUAAUGAAUGUGGAAAAUCCUUCCAUAACAGAUCUCAGCUUGUUGUUCAUCAAAGAAUUCAUACUGGAGAGAAACCCUUUGGGUGUCAUGAAUGUGGGAAAGCAUUCUACAAUAAAUCUCAGCUUAAUGUACAUCUGAGAACACAUACUGGAGAGAAACCCUUUAAGUGUAAUGAAUGUGAGAAAGCCUUCCAUCACAAAUCUCAGCUUGUUGCACAUCAGAGAAUUCAUACUGGAGAGAGACCCUUUGAAUGUAAUGAAUGUGGAAAAGCUUUCCACAACAAAUCUCAGCUUACUGUACAUCAGAGAAUUCAUACUGGAGAAAAACCAUAUAAGUGUAAUGAAUGUGGGAAAAGUUUCAGCCAUAGAAAAUCAUUCAUUUUCCAUCUGAGAAUUCACACUGGAGAGAAACCAUAUGAGUGUAAUGAAUGUGGGAAAGCUUUCCACAACAAAUCUCACCUUACUGUACACCAGAGAAUUCAUACUGGAGAAAAACCAUAUGAGUGUAAUGAAUGUGGUAAAAAAUUUAGCCUGAGUUCAUCCCUUACUAAACAUCAGAGAAUUCAUACUGGAGAAAAACCCUUUGAGUGUAAUGAAUGUGGGAAAAACUUCAGCCGGAAGUCAUCACUUAUUUUACAUCAAAGGAUCCACACGGGAGAAAAACCCUUUGAGUGUAAUGAAUGUGGAAGAAACUUCAGCCAGAGGUCAUCACUGGUUUCACAUCAGAGAACUCAUACUGGAGAAAAACCCUUUGAGUGCAAUGAAUGUGGCAAAAAUUUCACCCGAAGGUCCUUACUUAGCAAACACAAAACCAUUCAUACAGGAGAGAACCCCAAGUAAUAUGAUAAAUGUGGGAAAGCUUUGCCAUGCAGAGUUAGUAAAGGAGAAUUUAUGCUGGAGGGGAGGCUUGAAACCUUUGAAACAGAGUUCAUGCUUGACUUGUUAUCAGAGACCUCCUAUUGACAAAUUUGAAAAACAGCAAAUGCAGAAAAGUCUUCAGCCAAACUGGAUGCUUUACUGACUGUCUGAGAGUGUGUGGUGAGAAAUCCCCUAGGGCAAUAAAAUGCAGGGAGGUCUUUGGUACUAAUGAACACUUUAGAAGGCUCAGACAAUUCCCACAGAAGAAAAAGUCAUGAAUACAGUAACCAUGGGAUGAUUUUCAUGGCAUAUAGUUCCUUCUUAUUUAAUAGCAUAGACUUGGUGCUGGAGAUGAGUUGCAGCAAUGUGCUAAUGGUGGGAGCCUCCUAACAGCUGGCUGCCAUUUGUUUGAUGCUGGAGUGCCAAGAUCACUGACUUGGUCACAAGCCACACUACUUUGUGGUGUUUUGAGAGAGGCAAAUAAUGAUUUUCUUUGUUUCUCCUGAACUCUAAGCAGUUUCUACUGGUUACCACCAGAUGGCAGUGGAGUCGUACUGGUUAGCACAUCUCCAACAAUUAUCUGAAAAAACGUCUUUUAUUUUUAACUCCCAGGCAUAAGUUAUAGGCAUUCAGAUGCAUAAGAAACCUCAGUCUGAAAGGUUUAUAUAUUGUUGUUUUUUUAAACCCUCACCUUCCAUCUUGGAAUCGAUACUGUGUAUUGGUUCCAAGGCAGAAGAGUGGUAAGGGCUAGGCAAAUGGAGGUUAAGUGACUUGCCCAAGGUCACACAGCUGGGAAGUGUCUGAGGCCAGAUUUGAACUCAGGACCUCCCGUCUCUAGGCCUGGCUCUCAAUUCACUGAGCUACCCAACUGCCCCCUUGUAUAUUGUUUUUUAACAUAGUCACAAAAACCAUCAGAGCAAAAUGGGAAAUAUAUUUGUGCAUUAAAUACUUUCUUCUUUCAUUAAUUUAUUUAUGUUUCAUAAUAAGUUUUAUUGAUGCCUUUUUCCCCCCAUCAUGCUCAUUUCUCCACAAAGCUUUACCCCACUCCAUCUGCUUCUCAUAAAAGUCUGGUGUCCAGCAUCGAUGCCAAUUUAUAACAAUAGGAACAGUGAUUCAAUAGGCAAGUUCUAGUGAAUAGGCAGAUUUAAGAUAGAGAAAUACAAAUUAUCCUCACCAUAUGAAAAAAACAUGAAAAAUCUCUAUGAUUCUAAAAUGUCUGAGAUUCUUUUCAACACUCAUAGAUUUCUCAAAUAUUUUUAAUGGUGAAAAGAUCUGAUGUUGGCGUGGUUAUGUCAAAAAGAGGCAUGCUUUUAUGCUGCUUGUGGAGUUGUGAAUUAUUUGAAUGACGCUACUAAAAAUAUUCCAUGUAAAACUCCUAAAAUAUUACAUAUUUUCUUAGUUAUAAGUCACUCUUUCCCUUCCUUCCAAAAAUAUCAUUGAUAACUUUUGUACAUCAUGUUCAUUUCCCAUCAUAUUUCCUCCCUAUCUCCUAUAAGGGACUUUCUUUUUACAGAUGGAAAAGAGUUAAUGGUUGGGCUACACCACUGUGACAAAAAUAAUAUGACUUUAGUUUACACAGUUGGUGCUUUGCCAAUGGAAAUCCCAAGGAACGACUUUUGGGCCCUAUGCACAAUAGUAACAUUAAUUUGGAGGGACAAAAGGUCUAGAAGAAUAGAGGAAUUAAUGGGGGAUCAAAUGUAGGAAUGAAGGAGACAUAGUCCUUCUAGACCCAAACUAUAUACCAGAGUAGUCUAAGUCAUCAAAAGUAUUUGGUACUGAUUUAAAAAGCAUAUCAGUGGAACAGAUGAGAGAAGACAGAAUCAGAACCAGUUAACAUUCGUAGCUAUUAGUGGGGCCAGUUAAGCUAUGACCCCCAAGUCAAACCAUGGUGUACUAUGGGUACCAUGACUUUAUUUUCAAUAUGCAUAAUGAUAUAUUUGUUAUUUAGGGUUUUAUGAUUGUAAAUACCUUCCAUUGGUCUUUCUGUUUGCUUCAUUUGCUCAUUCAUUACUUAUUAGACAUGAUUUUAUAAUCUCUUCCUCAAACUGUUCCUCCAUAAACCAAAAAGACUGAUUAUAAGCAUGCACAGCACAGCACAACGCAUUCCCAGACUGACCACGUGACCAAAUGUAUGCCCAUCUGCAUUCUAAGUUUGGCACCUUUCCAGCAGGAAGUGAGUGAUGUGUUUCAUCUUUAGUCUUGUGACAUUGCAUUGAUUCUUCCUUUACGUAAAUGCAUUGAUUUUGCUUGUUAGAGCAAAAUCAGGAGAACCACAUCUGGACAUUGCUAGAUUAAUGAGUAAGGCUCCUCCUCUAGUCAUAGGCUCUUGUGAAGAUUGUUUUUCUGCUAGAUAAAGCUCCCCUCUCCCACCAUCUAAUAAGCAUUCCUAUAUAGAAUCCCAAGGUAAACCUCUAAGGGCAGACCGUGAGCCAAGGGCCAUUGCUCUCUCAUUGGACAGCCUCAUAUCCUAAUGCUAUCUCCUGGCAAUGGCCACGUCAUUCCGAGACUUCAAGAAUUCCCUUGAACCAUGGUACCCAUACUCAACUGUGCAAGCCUGGAUAAAUUUGCUUCUUUCCCCCCCUUAUGCCCCUAAGGUAGAUGAGGUCUCCUGCUGGUUCUGGAGUUAUGGUUUGAUAGAUUUAUCUACUUGGGUCCAAAACGAUGCCCCACACCAGAGUUUACAAAUGCGAUGUCAGCGUUCCUUGUUAACAUAACUUUCCUAGGGACAGGGGAAAUGAAUGUUCCAUUCCUUUCCCCUUUAUCCCCUAUAAUAUAUUAUAUACUCUCAAGGACCCUAAACUAUAGUUUGGGGAGUGAAGGAAGCAUACUUUGCUUUUCUAACAAGGGUUACCAUAGCACUCCAAGGAGUAGUGUGAAGUGCAGCUGUGCCCUUUCCUGUAAAAAAGGUGAAAGUUGAGAAGCCAUCUUUGGAGCCCCACUCCUGUGAACUCAUUUGUCAUCGAUCUAGAGCUUUGCAGCAUCUCAGUCUACUAGGACUCUCUUCCUGAAUCUUCAACUGACUGGAUGGAAUGUACUCUUCAAAAUCUGAUGUGGAUACGUGUCUUGGCCAUGGGGUCUUGCUUUCCCCUCCCUGUAGCAUGGACACUGAUUGACUAAAAAUAGUCACUCAUUUGGAGAGGCAUUUGCUGCCAAGUAUAGAAAUAAAAUGGGUAUUUAACAGGAUCUAUUCUUUUUGUUUUAAUGAAGGAAUCUUAGAGACCUAGACAAACAGCACUGAUUCACUAGCCAAGUGUACAAUAAACCCAGGACCAUAAA